AUGAAAAAAAUGAGGAGUUUAAUCCUCGUCGCCCAAAUUGCAGAAUCCUGCAGAAGAAGCGGAUUUUCGAGAAAAAGAAGACAAUCAGGAACUCCAGUUGAACUGGUCGAAAAUGCCAUCAUCCCUUUUGCCUACUGUUUACAGAAAGAUCCAGUUGUGCUAGAAGAAGUCAUCUUGGCUGGACCAAACAGUGAUCCUUCAAACACAGAUCCGUAUUGUUACGAUGAAUGUGGACCCGAUGGUCUUGGAGAAUAUGAUGUUGAUGAGUGUGUAGCAUGUUAUAAAGAUGAAGACAGAAUCGAAGACAUAACAGAAAAAUACAUCGCGAGAGGAGGCUUCAGCCGAAUGACUCCAAGUAUACAGCAAGUUCAAGACUGUAUCGACUUCUAUCUACCGACAAUUUUAACCUCCGAAGAACCAGAGCUAUUCAUCGAGAAUACGAACAACCGCCAACUCGCUGGUCGAAUCGAAGUGCCGGAUAUCAUAAAAUACGAAUACGAUUGUGAUACAUCUGAUCCUUCAAGCUGCGAUGCUGGAAGCAACUUUUGGGAAGGCAUCAUUCGCGUUCCUGAAGAUUCUUCCGAAAAUAGUCGAAAAAGAAGAGACGGAGAAAGCUGUUUCUUCGAAGAAUUUAGUUUUGAAAACGCAGCAGUGCUCGGACAAGCAGAUGACAACGAAUUCAUCUUCAAACAGAGAGUACCAGCUGCCGUUCUUCCGCGAUUCUACUCCGUCGAUCGACUUACUUCCAAAAACUACGAGAUCGAAUUCGGCUGGGACUCGAUCGGAUACCUCUACGCAUACGGCGAUUUGGAGAACGUAAGUGUUCCGCAAACGAUUCUAGCGACGCCGCAAGCUUUUAAUCUUACUGGCACUACUUUCAUCAGCUACAAGAAUGAUAUUUUGGUGGAUAAGCAGAGUCCAUCUUCUUACGCAAUUUCAUUCUCUCCAAACGGUCGAUCCUACGAUCCCGGCGUUGAAGUCGCAACUUUAAACAUGGAGACGCUGGCUGCUGAUCCCAUUUCUCCUUUCCAAUUCCAGCUCAAGUCGGUCUUGACACCCGGCUUCCGCGAAGUAGAAAGCGCUUCCACCGAAGCGCCAACGAACAACUACGUUCCCUGUAUCCCGAAUCUCGUUGAUCCACCAAAAUGCAAAACGAUCACCAAUAUGCCAGUGAAUGUAACACUCUCCGAAAAUCGAUCCAACUCAAUGACGAAAUUUAAGGUGAAGAAAAAGAUAACGAAGAUGAUCCUCAAUCAAGCAAACAAGUUGAUCAAGCAAGAGAACAAGAACCAACUCGUUUGCGAAGAUUAUUCAGUUUGUCAAAUCAAAAUCAAGUACUUGGACUUUCCAGAAGGACGAGCCUGCGAUGAAGGCCUCUGUCACGAUGCGCUGAUUUCAACUGGCUGUGUUGGAUGGAAGGAGGGAAAUGCCUGCCAAGCUUAUAUUGAUAAUUCCUCAGAUGCGAUCUUCUAUUCCAACAAAAAGGGCGAAUUUUUCUAUCACUGGGAAUCGUCGGAAAACCAACUUUACGGCACCGCAUCGAAAAACAAAAAGCCACUAAAACUCGACGGCAAGAAGGACAUCGUCUCGAUGCUUCAGGGGUUGCUCCUUGUCGAACACGAUUAUGUAAACGAGGUCGAAAAAUGGAUUGUUGGUAAAUUGGAGGGCUUUUUGUGGUCCCCUUGUGUUCUUUCGCCAUUUCGAAAACUUUCUCCGGAAUUGGCAUUGAUGCUCUUCAGGUUUAAAACUGCGGAGGAAGAUGAGGAGCUUUGGAACGUUCAUCGGAAAGAGUAUGGUUUGGACUUUCCUCCAAGGAUUCUUCGUAUUAUCUGGCGUUGCCCUGAUCUCCGGUAUUUCAUGGCUUAUCGCAUACAAGAUUGGGCCAUUUCCUUCCGCGACUCUUCAAAUCUGCAUUGUGAGCUCGUAAAAUUGGUUAAAGCAUGGACAGAAUACGACAAGGAGGACAAGAUGUUGAAUGCUUUCGCAAAGAGAUUUGGUAAACACUACGUAUUGGAUGCAGUUGUUCCAGUCAUUCGAUGUCUUUUCUCCCCACUACCGACUAUUCCAACUAACAUGCCCGGAUCCGCACAUCGAAAGGAAGUCAAAGAAAUGAUGAAAUCAAAAGACUUUCCUCCUCUCCGAAAAUCUGCGAAAAAUCGGCGGCGAACUCUUUCUUUGUAA